AUGGGCUUGGGCUGCUGUUUCAGGUACACAGGCACCUCCAAGAUGCUUUUCCAGCCGGCGAUAAUGAGGAUACGUGAAACACUGCAGAAGCAGAUUGUGCGAGAGUUCCUGGCUGAGUUCCUAAGCAUGUAUGUCAUGAUGGUGUUUGGCCUCGGUUCUGUGGCUCAUAUGGUUCUAGGAGAGAAUAAAUUCGGGAGCUUCCUCGGUGUCAACUUGGGUUUUGGCUUUGGAGUCACCAUGGGAGUGCAUGUGGCAGGCAACAUCUCUGGGGCCCACAUGAAUGCGGCCAUAACUUUCACCAGCUGUGCAUUAGGCCGCACGCCCUGGAAGAAAUUUCCUGUGUAUGUGCUGGCUCAGUUCCUGGGCUCCUUCAUGGCUGCUGCCACCAUCUACUGUCUCUUCCACAAGGCCAUUUUCCACUUCUCGAAUGGACAGCUGACAGUGACUGGUCCUACAGCCACCGCUGGCAUUUUCGCCACCUAUCUUCCUGACUAUAUGACGUUGUGGCAGGGCUUCCUGGAUGAGAUGUUAUUGACGGGGAUACUCCAGCUGUGUAUCUUUGCCAUCACGGACAAGGAGAACAACCCAGCACUGCAAGGGAUGCAGGCCUUGGUGAUUGGCAUCCUUGUGGUCAUCAUUGGGGUGUCCCUAGGCAUGAACUCAGGAUAUGCUGUUAACCCAUCCCGGGACCUGCCUCCCCGCUUCUUCACCUUCAUUGCCGGAUGGGGCAAACAGGUCUUCAGGGCCGGGGAGAACUGGUGGUGGGUGCCAGUGGUGGCGCCCCUCCUGGGUGCCUACAUAGGUGGCAUCGUCUACCUGGUCUUCAUUGGUUCCAAUAUCCCACGGAAGCCCCAGAGACUGACAAACCCGGUGGUGCAUGAAACCCACAGGAUAACUGUAUUACCCAAGACCGGUCCUCAACCAUCCAUGAGCCAUCCCAUCACCCCCGUCUCUGUUACCCUUGACAUCAGAACUUCAGUCCAGCCUGUCCCACCCUUAAAUGACUCCAUAGCCCUAGAGCACUUCUAAGAAGAGAUUCUUUGUGACCCCAUUCUACCCCAAUAAAGAAAAGCUUGUCCCACA